AUGAAACAAUCUCGUAUUCUUUACAGGGAAGACAACGAGGAAAGUGAGAGCUGUAUCAAAACAACAACAAUCAUAUUUUUUGUUCUGUUUUUCUGUGGAGUUGUGGCGAUUGGAAUGGCUGUCACUUUUUUCUUUUUGGUAGAUAUUUGGGAAACACGAUUAUCUCCGGAUAGUAACGUCCCUGGAAACGAUGAUACAUCUUCCCCUGACACUUUCGACAUUAUCCAGGCAGAUUCAGCGUCUUCUAAAUUACGUGUGAUUGGAUAUUACAGUGAAUUCGAUGCACAAGAUAUUAGGAAAUCUCAACUUUCUAAACUGACUCAUGCAAUUGUUGCUUGUGUUACAAUGAAUUCUGAAGGAGAUCUAGAAUUCAAAGAGAAUAUUGAGGCCAAGCUUAAGAGUAUGAAGAAAAAAUCAUCGAAAUUGAAAGUCAUGAUGUCAAUUGGAGGAUGGGACAACUCGAAUCACUUUCCAUCGGUUAUGGAAAAUGGAGUCAACAUAUUCUGGAGAACACCACCCGAAACCCACAAAUUCCAUUAUUCGCAAUUUUUGAAAACGUUGAGAGAGGAAUUAGAUGCACAAGGAAAACUAGACAACAAACAGUAUGUGAUAUCGAUUAUGGCUCCUCGGCCUGGAAUCGAUAAUUGGGAGUCUGGAUUCGAUUUGGAUGAAAUCAUAAAGUAUGUCGACUUUAUAAAUGUUAUCUCGAUGGAUUAUUAUGCACCAUGGCCAAAUGAAUGGGGAAAACCAGUUGGUCCAUCAGCGCCUUUGUAUUCAGGAGGCGCUCCUCGGAAACAAUAUAACGUGGAUUAUACAAUGAGAUAUUACAUUGACGAAACAAAUCAGCCCGAGAAAUUCAAUCUUGUUAUUCCAUUUUAUGUGAGAUUGUGGAAAAACGUUGGAGAGAAACUGAAAGAGAGCGAAGUAUAUCGAGAUGUGGAACUGAAAGAUGGAAAAGUAGAAGGAGUACCGUAUAUGGAUCGAUGGACUGCUAAGAAUGAAGGAUGGAAAUUAACACCUGCAUCUUGGGAUGAAAAAACAAAAACGUCCUAUAUAUACAAUCCUGAAGCGAAGACUUUUUUGACUUUUGAAGAUGAGAGAAGCUUGGCUGAAAAGAUGCAGUAUGUGAAUGAGAAGAAUUUGGGAGCUUCAUAUCUUCCUAAUUCAAAUGAAACUUCUACAUUAACCACAACUCCGGCGACUACAACUUCCACGCCUAAGCUUUUAUCGUGUGAAAAACGAGUUGUUGGUUUUUAUUCCGAUCGUGAACAGAAGGAAAUAACAAGAGUGCAACUCUCUAAAAUUACUCAUGCCGUAUUCGUUAAUGCUGAAGUUGAUUGGGAGGGGGUAGUCACUCUAAGCAGUGCUAACAGAACGAAUCGGUUCACAGAUUUGAAAAAGAAAGCGAAGAGUGUGAAAUUCGAUGUGAAAGUGAUGAUAUCAAUUGGAGGAGUCGAAAAUUCACACGAGUUCAAUAAAAUAACAAAAAGAAAGGAGAAACGAGAAAAAUUCAUUGAGUCCAGUUUGGAAUUUCUCAGAAAACACAACAUUGACGGUGUUGAUUUGUACUGGAAAGACAACACAUUGGACGAAAGUUAUAUGAAAUUGUUGAAAGGCCUGCGACAAAAGUUUGACGACGAAGGAAAAAGUGAUAAUAAAAAUUUUAUAAUUUCAAUCACGCUGGCUGAACCAAAAUUCGGAAUUUCGAUGGAUCCCUUCGGCAUUUUGAAUUUAGCUGAUUUUAUCAAUGUUUACUCGAUGGAUUACUAUGAACAGACGUCAGCCUUUGCUACUCCAAUUUCACCGUUGUACUCUGGAGUUCGUGGUAGAAAAAACAACAAUGUGAACUCGACGAUGAAAUACUUUGUUUGCGAUACGAAGAAACCAAUAAAAUUCAACAUUGUUAUUCCCUUUUUCGUUAGAUUAUACGGAAAAGUGAAAGAUGCCGUUGAGGAAGGCAAGGAAGCGUUCAGAUAUUACGGCGGCUAUCCCUAUAAAAUGAAGACUCGAAAAACUUUGAGACAAUAA